AUGUCCAAGUCUAUUCUGGCCGUCAACGCUGGCUCAUCCUCGGUAAAGGUGACCUUCUAUACAUUCACGAACCCCCCGCGCGCUAUCGCCGAUGCGCAAGUGUCCGGCAUCACAGCGCCCCCUGCCACCUUCAAAUACCAGCGAGGCGAGUUUAAACAGAAGGAACAACCACAGGAAAAUUUAGGCACACCGCAAGAUGCCUUUAAGUACAUCCUCCAGCGCUGCUUCAGCGAUCCCGAAUUAUCCGAGGUCGCUAGUGACAGUGAUCUCGCGUACAUCUGUCACCGAGUCGUCCACGGCGGCGACUAUUGCGAAGAGAUUGAGAUAAAGGACGAUACACUUCAUCGUCUCGAAGCACUAGAAGACCUGGCACCGCUACACAACUUCUCCGCACUAGAAAUCAUUCGACUAUGCAAGAAAGAACUUCCAAGUGUGGCAAGCAUAACAUUCUUCGAUUCGGCCUUCCACCAGACAAUGCCUCUUCAUGUGAAGACAUACCCAAUUAACCAGCAAAUCGCCAAAGCUAAUGGACUGCGCAAGUACGGAUUCCACGGAAUCAGCUACUCUUUCAUUCUUCGCUCCGUGGCUCAAUUCUUGGGCAAGCCGGCGGAGAAAACCAAUUUGAUUGUUAUGCACAUUGGAAGUGGAGCUUCGAUCUGUGCGAUCAAGGAGGGCAAAUCCAUCGAUACCUCAAUGGGCCUCACACCCCUGGCAGGCUUGCCUGGAGCGACACGAAGUGGAGAUAUCGAUCCCUCGUUAGUGUUCCAUUAUACAAACGAGGCCGGGAAAUUGAGUCCCGCAAGCACCAAAGACAUGCAUCUAAGCACGGCAGAGGAAAUUCUCAACAAGAAAUCAGGCUGGAAGGCUCUGACCGGAACCACAGACUUCUCGCAAAUUGCAGUUGAAAACCCGCCGUCGGAGGCUCACAAGCUUGCCUUUGAUAUCCUCGUUGAUCGCAUCUUGGGAUACAUUGGGAACUACUACGUCAAGCUGGGGGGGCGAGGCGUGGCGAUUGACUCCGACGCUAAUGACAAGGGGGUGGAUGAGGAUCAGACCGUGAAGGAUAUCUCCAAGGGCGGCGGCAAGGGGCCCCGCACGCUGAUUUGCCAGACCAAUGAACAGUUCGAAAUGGCAUACCACAUCGUCUGCUCGUGGUCUUGA